UGCGCCCGGAAGGAAUAACCAACGUACCAAUAUUUUCCGGUUGAAGGGAAAAUCCUGCCGAGUGACCCCGGAGAACAGCUUAAAAUGUGAAAGGUUUUGAAGCUGAAACGGAGGCAAAAACAACAGUUGAGUUUAUAGGACAAAAAAACGAGAUGCUGUCUGUCGCUUUAAGAAGCACCAUUGCAUUGCAGGAGGUUUUCCUCUGGGCACGUCCUCCUCAAAGAUGCUGGACAUCAGCCCUGAGAGGAGCGUCAGUCUCUUCCAGCUCCUUACUGGAUUACUCUGGACAAACAAAACUUAGUUUCAGUCCGCUCCUUCAGAAGACCCAGAGUUACAAUGCUUUCUCUCUAAUAAGAAACCAAUAUUUCCACUCCUCUGCUGUGAGGCUGAAGAAACGAGCACAGCCUCAACCUCCUUCCCGAGAACUAGACCUGGUGCGAUAUGACAUGAAGCACUUGUGGAAAGGUCCCAAACCAGCCCUUUAUCUGGGCUUUGCUGGUCUUAUCCCCUUCAUCUCCCCAACUCUGCUCAUGGCUGUAACUGAGAGCUAUUACCCACAGCUGGCCUAUGCCCAGGUAGCCUACGCUGCCUCCAUCGUCUCCUUCCUGGGCGGAGCCCGGUGGGGAUUUGCACUUCCUGAAAGCAGCCCAGCUAAACCUGACUGGAUAAACCUGGCCAACAGUGUGGUUCCCUCGCUGUUGGCUUGGAUGGCCAUGCUGAUGAGUGACAGCAUUGUUCCUGCAGCCUCUAUGGUCAUCAUUGGGCUUGGAAUUUCACUGCACUAUGAUCUGUCUCUGCUUCCUACCUAUCCCAGCUGGUUUAAGGCUCUGCGCACCGUCUUGUCCAUAGUGGCAUUCUUUUCUCUACUUGGGACACUCUUAAUGAAUGGUUUUUAUCCAAAUAAGGAUUUUUUCUGAGGGUUAUUGAAUGUUUCACGUGAUCCAACUUUACGCAUAGUUUAGUGGUUGCUUAAUAAAGGGUUUUGUGUUCUAAAUCGAAUGGCCUAAUUUCUGCAGAUGCAAAAUACAAAACUGAAUCAUUUCAUGCAGAGAUAGAUUUUGUUCGUUUUAGUUAAAGUAAAAACGUAGGUUUGUCUGAUUUGUGUUAAUAGAUUUUCAAGUAUUUUUGUUAAAUAGAAGAAAGUGUUAACAUGUAUUCUAACCAAUGUAAUUCAUUUUAGGUCCUGCUACUAGGUGGCACAGAAGAUGCUAAAGUUUCAUUCUGAUUCCACUCUAAUGGAUCUUAGUAAGCAUUGAAUAAAGGCAAACAGAUGCUUUUAUUUGCUUAUUCAGUCUGUAACCUUUACAGUCCAAAGAGCCAUUUUGCCCCUAGUCCAGUUAAAUAAAACUUGUUUAAAACCUUAGAUGUUACCUGACCUUUUGGAAAAAGACAACUUGUACAUUUUGAUAAUUAUCUACAAUCAUACAACUGUUGUCAGUUUUAUUUCUACUUCUAGGUUUUAAAAUAAAGAAAAACAUAAAACUUUUGUAAAAAGA